AUGUUAACAAUACUACUUUUGUUCUUAAUAAUAGUAUUGGGUGGUGCGGAUGGAUCGCUGAUCUCAAAUGUUGAAGUACAUCAGAUACUUACUACAUCACAGAAAAGUGAACAGUGGAUCAACUUGAAAACAGAAACAAAUACUGGAGAUGAAUGCAAUUUUGGAAGUUACGAAUGUCGAAUGGCCUGUGUAAAUGGCGGUAUAUGUUACAGAAAUGAUUCAAAUAAUCUUCGAUUUUUCCUUGUUGGAGAUACUGGAGGUUUGCCUAUCUAUCCAUAUACCACAUAUGCACAAAAGUUGGUUGCAAAAUCAUUGGCCACAAUUGGAGACGAAAAAAGUAUCCACUUUACUGUUUCGGCUGGUGACAAUAUUUAUUUCACGGGAGUGAAAAAUGAGUUUGACCAACGGUUCCAGGAAACAUUCGAAAAUGUGUACAAAGGCAAAGCGUUACAAAAGCCAUGGUACUUAAUUGCCGGCAAUCAUGACCAUUUUGGAAAUAUUUCGGGACAAAUUGCUUAUACAAGUCGAAGUCAGCGAUGGACAUAUCCGGCAAAUUAUUAUAAAGUAUCCUAUGCAUUCGGGAAGAAUGCCACACUGGUUGAAUUUCUGAUGAUUGAUACCAUUUUGCUUUGUGGUAACACAAGGGAUAUUACAGAAGCUAACUUUGUUGACAUGAUUCUUGCAACUACUAACAAAAAUCCAAAUGCGCCGAAAGAUCCAGCAGCAGCAAAAACAGAACUAGACUGGAUUGAACAGCAGUUAAAGCGCUCAAGAGCUGAUUAUUUAUUCGUUGUUGGCCACUAUCCAGUUUAUUCGAUAUCUGAGCAUGGCUCACUGAAUUGCUUGAUUGAAAAAUUGAAGCCACUUUUGGAAAAAUAUCACGUCACGGCAUACGUUGCUGGGCAUGAUCACACGCUGCAACACAUUGUCACCGAAUAUUCGUUAUCAGAAAACGCAGAAAAAAUCCCACUUCACUAUGUUAUUAGUGGAGCUGCAUCCCGCUCAGACCGAUCGGUUAAACACAUUGAUACAGUACCUCAAGGAUCACUACAUUUCAACUAUCCAACAGGGUUCAAUCCAUUCUCACAAAUUGGUUUCUCGAAUGGUGGUUUUAUUUAUGUGGACAUGGACAGUGAAAAAGCUAUGUUUAUAUUUUAUAAUGGCAAAGGUAAAGAGAAAUACUCUUGUAUCGUUAUACCUCGGAGGGAAUUUACAGUGAACGAAACGAAGAAAUAA